AUGAUAUCGCUCCAAAGUUUGGCAUCGUUUAUUCUUCCUCUAAGCACUGCGUCGCCAAAGACCUUGGCCUUUGCAGAGUCUGAGCCAAAGCAAUACAACCCAGCAAACGGGAUAGCCGGUGCCCUUUUCAAAGCCAAAAUUCACCCUCGAGAACCAGAAAUCUCUGCGGAAGUAGACAGUUUCUUUCUUGACCAUUGGCCUUUCGUCAAUGAAGAAGCAAGAAAGAGAUUUGUAGCCGCAGGCUUUUCCAAAGUCACAUGCUUUUAUUAUCCUCAUGCGCUGGACGACAGGAUUUCUCUCGCAUGUCGGCUUCUGACACUUCUAUUUCUCGUGGACGACAUACUGGAAGACAUGUCACUCCAGGAAGGUUCGUUGUACAAUGAAAAGCUGAUUCUUCUGUCGAGAGGUGACAUUGUUCCGGAUCGCUCUGUGCCGGUAGAAUGGAUCACCUAUGACUUGUGGAAUGACUUACGGACGUGUGAUAAGUCACUUGCAGAUGAGAUAUUGGAGCCUGUAUUUUCUUUCAUGAGAGCUCAAACGGACAAAUCUCGCCUCAGUAUCAAGCAAUUGGGUCACUACCUCAAAUACCGAGAAAAGGAUGUUGGGAAAGCACUUCUUUCUGCUUUGAUGCGCUUUAGCAUGAAGCUGCAUAUCACGCCCGCGGAGUUGAAAUCAGUAGACAAUAUCGAGUUGAACUGCUCUAGGCAUAUCUCGGUUGUCAACGAUAUAUACAGUUGGGAAAAGGAGUUGAAAGCCUCUCAAACAGGCCACAAGGAAGGAGCGGCAUUGUGCUCGUCGGUUUCUGUUUUGACUUCAGAGACAAACCUAGAUUUUGCAGCAUCGAAGCGGGUGUUGUGGGUUAUGUGCCGAGAAUGGGAAUUGGUUCACAGAGACCUUGUGGCAAAAAGAUUACGAUCGCCUGAGCCAUGUAGUCAAGACCUCCAAGAUUAUAUGAGAGGCCUCGAGUUUCAGAUGAGCGGUAAUGAGGCAUGGAGCGAGAUGACCCCUAGAUACCAUUCAGUGUAG